AUGUCCAGAGGACCUUACUCUACAAGCAGGGAAUAUAAACCAAACCUAAACCGCAGAAGAGGAAAGGAGCAUAUAACGGAGGACACCAUGGCAACGUUGGCUCUCGAGCUGGCUGGCAUUUCUCUGUCUGUCCUGGGUUGGCUACUGAGCAUAGUCAGCUGUGCCCUGCCCAUGUGGAGGGUCUCUGCCUUCAUAGGUGCCAACAUUGUCACCGCUCAGGUGUACUGGGAGGGCUUGUGGAUGAGCUGUGUGUUCCAGAGCACGGGCCAGAUGCAGUGUAAGGUCUACGACUCCAUGCUGGCCCUGCCUCAGGACCUGCAGGCGGCCAGGGCGCUCACCGUGGUCGCCAUCAUCCUGGGGGUUGUGGCGCUCCUUAUUUCCUUGAUGGGAGCCAAGUGCACCAACUGCAUCGAGGAAGAGGGGGUCAAGGCCAAGGUGGUGGCCACCUCCGGGGGAGCCUUCAUCGCGGCCGCUCUAGCACAGAUCGUGCCCGUCUCCUGGUCGGCGCACACCAUCAUCAUAGAGUUCUACAGCCCAAUCGUCCCCUCCGGGCAGAAGAUGGAGAUCGGAGCGGCGCUGUAUUUGGGCUGGGCCGCCUCCGCCCUGCUUCUGAUUGGGGGAUCAAUCCUCUGUUGCAGUUGUCCCCCAAAAGAAGAAAAAGCAGCGAGGUACAGUAUUCCCCCACAAAGCCGAAUUGCGUACUCCGCCGCUCCGAGGUCUGUGGCCCAAAGCUCGUACAACAAAAGAGACUACCCUUUUAAAAUUCAUCCGAAGUCUUUUGCCAGACAAAGAGGCAACAUGUCGAUGGGUUUGGAAAUCGUUGGCAUUUCCCUUGGUUUCCUGGGAUUCAUCAUUGCGAUAGUGACAUGUGCUUUGCCUAUGUGGAGGGUGACGGCGUUCAUCGGGGCCAACAUCGUCACUGCCCAGACGAUCUGGGAGGGCCUGUGGAUGAACUGUGUCACCCAGAGCACAGGACAGAUGCAGUGCAAGGUCUACGACUCCCUGCUGGCUUUGCCCCAGGACCUGCAGGCCUCGAGGGCCAUGACCAUCAUUUCCAUUAUACUCGGCGUGAUGGGGGUCAUGAUCGCCAUCGUCGGAGCCAAGUGCACCAACUGCAUCGAAGACGAGCCGACCAAAGGUAAAGUGAUGAUCAUCUCCGGGAUUUUCUUCAUCCUGUCCGGCCUUUUGGUCCUCAUCCCCGUGUCCUGGAGCGCCAGCGUCGUCAUCAGAGAUUUCUACAACCCCGUACUGACCAAUGCCCAGAAAAGAGAACUGGGAGCUUCGCUCUACAUCGGCUGGGGAGCAGCCGCCCUGCUCCUGAUUGGAGGGGCAUUGCUGUGCACCAGCUGCCCACCAAAAGAAAAGAGGUACAAGCCACCGCGCAUGGCCUACUCCGCCCCGCGCAGCACCAGCGCAGGUGGAGGAUACGACAGGAAGGACUAUGUCUGA